CUGAGUGCGGCCAGCCGGCAUCAGUCAGCGAAAUGACAUCGCCGCCAACGCUGUCGGUGAAUCGGACAGCGGUUCAGUGGAGUCCGGUCUGCGGACGCUAUCUGGUGGCCAAGGGAGCGACCCGUGGCCACGGACUGCUGAUUGAGGAGCUGCCUUUUGCCGUUGGGCCCAAGUGCAAUGGACCGGUGGUGUGCCUGGGUUGCUACGAAACCGACCCAGAUCCGGAGGAGGAGCUGUGCAACGAAUGUGGCUGGCCGCUGUGCGUGGCGUGCGCCCAACAAGCGGAUAACGCCCAUUUCCAGCAGGAGUGCCGAGAGCUGAGGGAUGCGCGGGCACGAUUCUUCCGCCUGCCCAGCGGGAGCAGCCACUGCCCGCAAUUGGACUGUAUUAUGCCGCUCAGGGUUCUGUUGGCCAAGGAGGCGAAUCCGGAGCGAUGGGACAACGAGGUGGCACCCAUGGAGCACCACGAGGAGGAGCGCCAGAAGGACGCGGAUGUCUGGCACGCGGAUCGCGUUAAUAUCGCUCAGUAUUUGCGCGGUCCUUGCCAACUGGCCAACCGAUUCAGCGAGGAGCUGAUCAUGCAGGUGGUGGGUGUGCUGGAGGUGAACGCCUUCGAGGCGCGCAGUCCCAAGGGCUAUCCACUGAGAUGCCUCUUUCCCUACACCGGCAUUCUGGCCCACAACUGCGUGCCCAACACAGCCAGGAGCAUCUAUCCCAGCGAGGGAUACAAAAUCCGACUGCGCGCCAUGGUAGACUUGGAGGAGGGUCAGCCCCUGCACCACAGCUACACCUACACAUUGGAUGGCACUGCCCAGAGACAGAAGCACCUGAAGCAGGGCAAGUUCUUCACCUGCCAAUGCGAACGCUGCCAGGAUCCCACCGAAUUGGGAACGCACUUCUCCAGCCUGAAGUGCGGUCAGUGCGCCGAGGGAUUCCAAGUGCCCAGGCAGCCAACAGAACCGGACACCAGCUGGAGCUGCGCGAGCUGUGGCUCCGACACCAGCAAUGCGGAUGCACUGGCGAUGCUCCAAUCCCUGCAAUCCGAGGUGAAUGCCGUGCAAGCGCUGCCCAUGGCAGCCAAGCGGCUGGAGGAGAUCGAACGAUUGUUGCGCAAGUACAAAUCGUUGCUGCAUCCGCUGCACUUUAUAGCCACCGGGCUGAGGCAGCUGCUCAUCGAGAUGUACGGGCGUGUUCAGGGCUACGAGAUGGUACAACUGCCGGACCACCAGUUGGAGCGCAAGGCGGAGCUGUGCCGCCAAGUGCUGCGAGUGCUGAACACCUUCGAACCGGGUCUGAGUCGCACACGCGCCAUGAAUCUCUACGAGCUGCACGUGCCACUGGUGCUGCUGGCCAAAAGUGGCUUCAUAGCCGGCAAGCUGAAGGGCGGCGAGCUGCGUGCCCGCCUCGUGGACGCCAUAGAUCUGCUGAAGGAGUGUGUGGAGAUCCUCGAGUUCGAGGACAAGAGCUCCCAGGAGGGAGUGCUGUGCGUCGUGGCCAAGCAGGCGCUGAAGCAGCUUACCCUGAGCGUCGAGGGACUGGGAAGCGAACUCGAUUGAUUACUUAUGCAUAUCGGUUAGCUUUAUUGGGAACAGUUCUGGGUUUCUAGGGACACAAACUGCUGAUGUUGGUGUUACAUUUAAAAUCUUCUUGGUGCGCUGGUCGAUGGUCGUAAAUGUCAAAAGAACAAUAAACUACAAAACUAAA